AUGCCUCGUCAGGAUAUUGAACGUAUACUAGCCGACGAUCCCUACAACGAUCGGCGCAUAUUCGUUUUGUCAUGUGUGCACGAUGCAAUCUAUUAUCUUCGUCACGGACCGCAUCGUCGUAACGAUGUCAUUGCCACAUUAGAGGAAAUUUCUGAUGAAAUGGGUGUUGCUAUUUCAAGCGCGGUCUUGGAACGUGAUCCCCAGUUUGAGCGGUUGUGCCGUAACCUUGAGCUUAUGCUGCCUGUCUUGAUCAGGAUUCUCAACAAACACAACGACCGGGGGACCGACAAAGCAAUUGCUGAUGAUCUUAUCAGCUGCAUCCCCAGCGUUUUGCAACAGCCUAAACAGUGGAACCCGGAUGUCGAAGAGAUUUCUGACGAGGAAGGGUUUGAGCAAGAGCAGGAAAAGGAGAAUAGGUGUCCUCACCAUCACAGAUAG